GACCCCUGGGUUGUCAUAUGGAUUUUAAGCUGUGGGUGUUUUAAGUGACCUAGAUACGAAAUGGCAUCGGCUUCAAGUAGCAGCGCUAAAAACUUAUUCAGCGAUUCCAAACGACGACUGGCUGAACGGGUUGCGGUGAAUGUAAACAAUGCAUCUUCGGUUGCUCGACAGAUAGUACGUGGAUCGAAAUCAAAUGAAAUUCUAAUGCAAGCUGCAAAAAACUUUGCCUACCAUGAAAGCACAGUGGACAAUAGCAUACAAAACUUGAGGAAGAUGGAUAUCAUUUUUCAACAUAUGAAUUAUCAAUACGAUGCGAUCCAUCAAGCUGCUGAAAAGCUGGAAUAUGUGGAAGAACAAGUGAAUGCUAUGGAAAGAUGAUGCGAGAAAUUAGCAACGGGUGAGAAGCCCCUCGGGUAUUUCUGAUCAUUGGGAUCAUUGAUGAAAAUCACGAGAAUGACUGACUUUGUAAACAAAUGUGCGCCUCUAGCGGCAAAUGCCAGGAGCACUCAUUUUUAAUAUGAACUGUCAAAAAAUUCCGCCAAAAGACUUUCAUAUGUGUGUUUAUAUUUCGUGCUUGAAGUAGUCGUUUAUUUGCAAAUUGUGAAAAUUUAAAAUCUCAUAAUAAAAUUGUAUUCAAUGUUGUUUAAGUCACUAGUA